UUGAUAAUCUGUAUUAAGUGGCUUGUCCAAGGUCACAAAGAAAGACAAUGGCACAGCUGGGAAUUGAACCUAGGUUUUCGGUCUCCCAGACCAGUACAUUCACCAGAAGACGUCCUUCCUCUUUUAAGCAGCAGCAGCAGUACACAAAUCAGCACCCAAAAUAGCUUCCAUCCUGUGGCUACCCAACCUAAAGCUCCAUGACAAGCGAAUGAGUGACCUCAAGGAGUUGAUAGAACCAUAAGUGAGAGCCUGGUGGCUACAGUCCAUGACCUUGAUGAAACAAAUUGCUCUUUGAAGUUGGAUGCCCUGCACUGGAAUUACACCCUGGGAACAGGUCCAUGUGAAUCCUCCCUUUGCCUCUACCAGAAUCUCAUCCUCUGAAGCCAUCACCAGUGUGUGGAGCCUGCCCCACACCCAUCACCUACCAAACCACGGCCUUUACCUGUGUCUUCCGCUGUUUCCCGUGCGACCCUUCUUGUGGGAGCGCCUCCUGGGCUACCCCAGAGUUUACGCAGCAUUCAGUGGCUCCAAUGGUGAAGAUGACGAGGUCCAAGACUUUCCAGGCAUAUCUGCCUUCAUGCCACAGAACCUAUAGCUGCAUUCACUGCAGGGCUCAUCUUGCCAAUCACGAUGAACUCAUUUCCAAGUCCUUUCAAGGAAGCCAAGGGCGAGCAUACCUCUUCAAUUCAGUAGUUAAUGUGGGUUGCGGCCCUGCAGAGGAGCGGGUGUUACUAACAGGAUUACACGCAGUUGCAGACAUUUAUUGUGAAAACUGCAAAACCACACUGGGCUGGAAAUAUGAACACGCUUUUGAGAGCAGCCAGAAGUAUAAAGAAGGCAAAUACAUCAUCGAACUAGCUCACAUGAUCAAGGAUAAUGGCUGGGAUUGAAUGGGAAGAGCCCAGCCAAACCAGCGUGUAAGAGAAUGCCAUCCAACAGAACAUUAUAUCCAAGAGUGAGAGAGUGACCGAACGCUUGGUUCCAUGCAUUUAGAGGCUCUGCCAUUUGGGAGCAUCUUCACACCCUUCUCCAUCUUUAUUGGUGACUGGCCUCUAAAUUUCUGUCUCUCCGUCUCUUUGCUUUUUAUCUGUUUGUGAAUUGACCCUGGCUGCUUCUCUCUAUGUUCUGGCGUUGGCUAAGAGAAUGCACCAAAUGCCUGACAGCAUUCCAUGUUUAUGAAUGUCAAAGUACAAACUGAAGUUGGCUCUUCGUUGGCAUUUUAUCAGAGGGUCUCAGUGUGGGAGGGAGACCAGAGUUUUGGGCAGGAGGAGAGAAGAAGGGGACAGGGGCAGGAGGGGAAGUAAGCAGGAACGAAACUGCUUUUCCUUUAAGUCCUGGUAACCAAGGCUUGAAACGAUGGACAGAAAUAUACCUCAUGACUGCGUUCUCUCUGAAUCUCGAACCUGCUGUUCCAGAAGCAGAACUCCAGAUUAAGCUGGCUGAGCACAAGUUGUAACCAAAAGCCCCUUGCUAGCUAAUUCCUGAAACUGAUGUGCAAUUCCAUCUUUUGAUAGGUUGUUUCAUACUAUUCACACAGUCGCCUUUUGUGAACUUCUUGUUGUCGAGCUUGAUGGCUAUAGAGAUUCCCCAAGCUCUCUCCUUCUGCUUCUCCCUCCUCCUGUUUCAUAGCGGAUGGGCAAACCGUCCCAUCAGAGCAUGGCUACGACCUCAGCACUGCUGGGGAAACAAAAUUCUGAUCCUGGGCAACUGAGGGAGGAGGAGUCAAAUCAUGUAAUGUAGUGGGGCUGGUGCUGCAGUUUAGGAGAUAUGACAGACAUGCAAGAACACGGGCAUGUGCUAGGAAAAUAUGUAGGGGGAGAAGGCUGUAGGCAAACUCAGAAACAUAUGAUGCCAUCUUAAUUUUCCAAUCCCUACUGUGUGCCGUUAGGGCGAAUCUGUUUACCAUUGGCAAUGUUAUAGCUUGAGAUCCAGUCAUCCUAAUAUGUAAUGGGAAAAUGGCUUUAAUAGGAUCUUUAAAACUUCAGACUCCAGCCAUCAUCUCCACUCUUUGAAUCCAGCAGAGAUGUGAUGGAACAGUUAGUGUCUCUGGUGGCUGUUAAUAUCAUGUUUCAUAAGUGGCUAUUUCAAGCCCUGAUGUAUCCCUCCCAACCUUGACUCCUGGUGUUUUAAAAAACCUGUUUCAUACUCUGGAAGACUGAAACUUAGCAUCCUCCAAAUGGGGUAGCCUCGGAGUUGUAGGGGGAGAAGAGGUUUCGACAUCUAACUGCAGUGGACAAGUCCUACUUUAAUUUUUGUAAAUUAAUUUUUAUGGACCAUCUUUAUGUUGUUGGUGUGGGAGAGGGGGAGAAUGUGUAUAAAAGAAGAUAGUGUACACAUAAAUGACAGUGCAAAGCUUCCUCUACAACAGUCCAGUCAGUAUCUGGUGCAGAACACAGACUAUUUAACUGAAUUAGUAUUAUCCAUCGAGUGAAUUCUUCUUGUUUGUGGAAUUCUUUCGAAGUAGGUUAAUUCUCUGGGGGAAAUCACUCUCAAUCCAGGGAGUGAAAAAUAAUGUGCAGGGAUUCAUAGCUCCUUAUGAAAUUGAACCUUCUGAUGAUUAGACCCUAAUGCCGCCUUUUUUUCCAAUAUUCAGGUUAGCAGAGUUGAGAGGAUUUCAAAAUCACAUUUGCUGGUAAGUGGGGAGGUGGGGGGGAGGGAGGAAUGCAGAGAGAGAGGCUAGUUAGAAGUUUGAUUAGACUUCUAUGUUCAGUACCAGUGCUUAAAACCUGAAUAGCUUAUGUGAAAAGUGGAUGUUUUCUCUUCUGCUCAUUAGAUGAGUGUGGUGUCCAUGGCAUUACUGGUAACAUUUGGUUAUUACCCAGAAGUAGGUGACAAAAUGGAGACUGAGUGUUACUUCUGGAAGGGAUGUACCGAAUGCCUUCUUUGGCCAUUGU